AUGCUUCGAACUCUGUCGGCGUCGGGUAGCGCCGGAGCUCUUCGCGCAGCUGGUUCGGCUGUGCCGAGGACAACGGUCGCGACGGCGCUCACAUGCCGCCAGCAGCGUCGAUACCACAACCCGUCAGCUUGCCGUACUACUACCCCACACGUCCCCUCUUCUCUGCGAUCUCCCGGCUACCGCAGCUUUCAUAGCACCACCACCAACAUGGCUGCCAACACCCGAACUGAGAGCGAUGCCUUUGGCGAGAUUCAGGUCCCCGGUGACAAGUACUGGGGCGCCCAGACGGAGCGCUCGCUGGAGAAUUUCAAGAUCAACCAGCCUCAGGACCGCAUGCCUCCUCCCAUCAUUAAGGCCUUUGGUAUCCUCAAGGGUGCUGCCGCCACUACCGGCUCCGGCACCCAGACCAACAUGAACGCCAACGAGGUCAUCUCCAACCGCGCCAUCGAGAUCCUCGGCGGCGAGAUGGGCAGCAAGAAGCCCGUCCACCCCAACGAUCACGUCAACCGCAGCGCCUCGUCCAACGACACCUUCCCCACGGCCAUGCACAUUGCCGCCGUCCUCGAGCUCGAGGGCGACCUGCUCCCCGCCCUGCACAGCCUCCGCGCCGCUCUCCAGGCCAAGGUUGACGAGUUCGAGGCCAAGAAGAUCAUCAAGAUUGGCCGCACCCACCUUCAGGAUGCCACCCCCCUCACCCUGGCUCAGGAGUUCUCCGGCUACGUCGCCCAGCUCGACUUUAGCAUCAAGCGCGUCGAGUCUUCGCUCCCCGACCUGCGCCUUCUGGCCCAGGGUGGUACCGCCGUUGGCACCGGCAUCAACACCUUUGUCGGCUUCGCGGAGGGUAUCGCCGAGGAGGUCACGCGCAUGACGGGCACCGAGUUCAAGACUGCGCCCAACAAGUUCGAGGCCCUGGCCGCCCAUGACGCCAUCGUCCAGGCCCACGGCAGCCUCAACACCGUUGCCACCUCGCUCACCAAGCUGGCCCAGGACAUCCGCUACCUCGGCAGCGGCCCCCGCUGCGGCCUCGGCGAGCUGGUCCUGCCCGAGAACGAGCCCGGGAGCAGCAUCAUGCCCGGCAAGGUCAACCCCACCCAGUGCGAGGCCCUCACCAUGGUCUGCGCCCAGGUCAUGGGUAACAACGUCGCCACCACCAUUGGCGGCAUGAACGGCCAGUUUGAGCUCAACGUCUACAAGCCCCUCGUCAUCCGCAACCUCCUCCACAGCUCCCGCCUGCUCGCUGACGGCAUGCGCUCGUUUGAGAAGAACCUCGUUGCCGGUCUCCAGGCUAAUGAGGAAAAGAUUGCCAGCAUCAUGAAGGAGUCUCUCAUGCUUGUUACCUGCCUUAACCCCAAGAUUGGCUACGACAUGGCCAGCAAGGUCGCCAAGAACGCUCACAAGAAGGGUCUGACUCUCAAGGAGAGCGCCAUGGAACUCAAGGCCCUGACCUCGGAGGAGUUUGACGAGCUCGUCAAGCCCGAGCUCAUGGUUGGACCCAAGCCCUACAAGGCUUAG